AUGGCCGGUCGCUGCAGACAGCUGGGUCCCUGCAAACUCUCUCAAGCCCAGCAAGUGAGGAAGCAAAACCCGGGUGCAGGGAGGCAGGUGGCUCCCCCGCCAAGGGACGAAGACCCCAGGGUGAAGUGUAGGGACUGCGGAGCCUUUGGGCACAAAGCGAGGAGCCUCAGGUGCCCCAUGAAGCGCUGGCAUGGGGCCCUGGCCCCCCAGCCCUUGGGCUCCAAACUCAGCAAGGAGAACCUGGAACCACGGAAGCUGCAGGACCUGCAGACCCCCGGGACCCCUAACACGGCCGAGAGAGAGAAGGGUGAAAGGCAAAGGAAAGAAGAGCAGCAGAGGAAGCUACUCCAGAGAUUUCCCAGGAAACCCCAAGGGUGGCGGCAGCAGUACUGGAAGGAGGGGACAGAAUCCUGCCACUACCUGAGGCAUCCAAACAUGCCCACACUCACCCAGGCAUCGAAGAGGAAACCCCUCCGGGAUCCAGAUCUCCCCAGUAGGUCCCCUGUCAGGAGAGAUGACAGGAAAUGCACCCACCCUGCAUUGUCUCUCAUCAGCAGAAGUUUGGUCCAGGACUCCAAAAGCAGCACCAAGGCCCCAGGCAAGAGGUCUGCCCAGAUCCCCAUCCAGACAUGUCUGAACCCCCCAAAGAAACCUAGACUCAGCCCCAUCCAGCCUCCCCAGAAGAGCACUCUGACAGCAGACCUGGGGGCUUCCCAGAAUCUCCCUCCUCCACCCAGUACAACCGGACCCACAGGGACCCCCCAAGUCAGCAGGAAGACACCUGCCCAGGGGCAAAGCCUUGCCCUCAAACCUCCACUGGACAGAUCUUGCCCCAAUAGUGUCCAAGCCUGCACCAGACACCAUCCUCCACCCACCAGCCAUGUUCCAGGCCAGCCUCUCAGGAUGCUCUUCGUGAGAGUAGACGAAGGCCGGUGGAGCUGCAGGUACGUGACGCCUCCCCCCUUGCCUCGUCCUGAGCAGUCAGCCCCUCCUCCCGCUGGCAGGAAGCCUGAGCGACACUGGGCCCCUGGCCCCCGGAGUGUCCUCUACGAUGACCUUCAGGUGUCUUCUUCCUCUGAAGACAGCGACUGGGAGGGACACGCCAAUGGCAGCUAAGGCUUGUCCUCCAGCCCCAGGUGCCCUGGAGGUGACUGUGCACCUGACGAGGGGGAGUCACGAAGAGCAGCUGCUCCUGGAGAAGCAGCGAUUCCGCACCCCUGCUGGGCGAACGGUGCUGGAAACCCAGACAAGCCCCAGCGACACACACGUGCACGCACUGCACCUUCUCCUGAUGGAACUAGAGCCGUCUGUCAAAUGGUGCUUAUCACGCUGGAAUGGCAAGUUGUUUGUCAGUCUGAGUCUAUUUUAAGUACCUGAGGCAAAUUCCAGGAGUAACUUUUAACUAUUGUGUAAAUAGGAAGCUAUGGAAGUAAUCUGCAUUUGGUGCAAAUGUCUGAACUUUUGGAACCUGGCUAAAGGGCCCAACGCUGUGCUUUGCAGAAGGUCAGCAGUGCCCUGUCCUGAGAUGAGACUCGUGGACUCUGUGGAGUCGUUCACUGUAAAUCACGGUG